AUGCCUGGAGCUAGGAAAAAGAACAAUGAUAGGAAGAGAGAAGAGGGGGAAGCACCCAAGGGGAAGAAACUGAGCAAGCAUGGCAUACAGAUCACAUGUGGAAGUUGUGGUAUUCAGGGGCACAAUAAAACUUCCUGUAAAAAGAAUUUGGACAACACCAAAAAAACAAAGUCAUGUCUUGGGAAAAGAGGGAGAAAAGUGAGGGAAACAGAGCAUGCACAGACAGAUGCAUCUACAAGCAGGGCUGCAGCAGCUAGAGCUUCAGGCCCAACAAAUUCUCAAGCUGCAACAAGGUCUGAAGCUACAACAUCCAGGUUCAAACCUCCUAGAAGCAAUGUUGUCCCUGGAGGUAGCAAUGGCAGAGGAAGUGGGAGAGGAGCCGGGACAGGAAGUGGGAGAGGAGCUGGAAGAGGAUCUGGGACAGGAACUGGGAGAGGAGUUGGGACAGGAACUGGGAGAGGAGCUGGGAGAGGAGCUGGGAGAGGAACUGGGUUUAUGGCCUAUUUUACAGCUAGUGGGAAUUACUAGGUGGUUGGUUAUUUUGGAGGGAAGUGGAUGAUGCUUGCUGCAAUGUAUUAGCAAGAAACAAACUUGCUUGCUUGCUGGAAUGUGCAAGAAACAAACUUGCUUGCUUGCUGGAA